AUUAAAUGGGGUACGUCUCUUUCGAGGCGUAGUACAAAAAGUAAAACGGACGGUUAAUUUACAUUUUAAUUUUAUGAAAAUAACAACCAUUAGUUUAAGAGACCAUGUAAGAAUAAAAUGCAAAUAUUUUGCUGCUUUUCCAAGAAACUAGCUCAGUCUAAUCCGCAAUCCACACCAAGUGACAAAGUCAAGCCGUAAACCAGUAAAUUGCGCGCCAACAUCCGUACUGGGUGUUAAAAGUCUCGUGUGUGCACUGUUCUCGAUAUUGGGGCGGUUAAUUUUUGAAUUUAAGUAGUUAGUCAGCAGAGUUAACCUUCAAUUAGGGAAUCAGCGUUCGAUCGGGCGAAAAAGCGAAGAGUUGAUUGCUUGACAUGGCCGGGCAGUUCGGUGAAGGUGGCGGGGGAUUUAUGUCAACGGACUUCGGGUUUUCACAAGCCACACCACAGCGCAAAGAGAGUAAUCGUCCCGACAACGUGGUCCCCUGCACCAUCGCCCAGAUUCAUCGGAUGGGAGAGGGGGAAGAUCACAUGACCGUCGCCGGCCUGGAGGUGCAAUAUGUGACAGUGGUAGGCCUGGUGACCCAUGUUGAUCAGCAGUCCACCAAGGUGUCCUACACGGUGGACGACAGGACAGGUCCACCGCUGGAAGGCCACAUCUUCGCCACGGAACCAGAGGAGCAGGCCAGGAUCCUGAGCCAACUUGUGGAAGGGACGUACGUGCGCGUCGUUGGAUCCGUGCGUUCGGUGGACGGCAGACGGAUGCUGAAGACCUUCCGCGCGUUCGGGCUGACCGACCUCAAUGAGCUCACGAUGCACCUGGCGGAGGUGAUCCACACUCACAUGGCGCUGCUGGUUGACAGCAAGAAAGCACCCGCGGAGGAUCGAGUGGAUGGUGGAGGAAUGGUGAAACCGGAGCCCAUGGACACGAGCACCUUUGGUGGCGGAGCGGCGAACAACAGCCUCGGUUUGGAACCGAAGCAGAACAUGGUGUACGAACUGAUUCGCGAGUGUCGCACCACAAUCGGAAUCAGCCUUGACGAGGUCUGUGCAAAGGUCAAGUCCCUCAGCAGAGCAGCCAUCAAGGACGUGGUUGAAUUCCUCUCCAACGAAGGCCACAUCUACACAACCAUGGACGACUGUCACUACAAGGCGACCGACGGCUUCUGAACACCAUUCCUCCCUUCCUUGUUAACGCGUGCACUUUGCAACAUAAUUUACUCCGAUUGUACCCGAGGUACCAAAAUAAAGAUCUGUAUGGGCUACA